UAUACUUCAGACAUUGACCGAUAUUUUCGAAUAAAAGACAACUAUAUGGCCCCUAUUAUGAGUUCCAUUCGAUCUUCGCUAUUCGCUGGCUAUCGAAAAUCGAAUGUCAAAUUCUAUCAUGAGCUAUGCAACCCUGUCGAAAUUUUCGUUGAGCAUCGAAAUGGCUGUCGAACAAAAUUUACCUAUCGACAGCGUAGCGUAUUGAAUGGAAAUUUGUGAAAAUGUCGAAAGUCGUGAGCACUAAACAGCAAUUGGAAAAACUGGUAGCUUUAAUGGAAGAAAAUCCACAAUUUGCAAGAGGGAUUUGCACCAAAGUUCAGGCGGCAACAAAGUGGGAGGGAUUUGCUUUGGGGCUAAACUGUUUGGGUCCACCAACUAGACCAGCGGCAAAGUGGAUGAAGGUAUGGGUUGAUAUGAAGUCAAAGACAAAGAAAAAACUGUCGCAAAACAAAGCGGAGUACAGAGCAACAGGCGGAGGUACUAACAGGUUGCUGGGAUUUUCUAAUACUGAAGAGAGUAUUAUUGGCUUACUGGAGUUUGAUGCCUGCAUAAACCCGCCGGGAGCCGAAUUUGGUCUGGAUAUAAGUGGCGAUGUUGAACCACAACUUUCAGCUCCACCAAAUCCCACCCCACAUCCUCAGGCUGAAAACUCUGAAAAAAGUGAAGUGGAGUUUUAUUCUGAGGCUCACGAGCUUCCAGCACGCAAAAAGCGGCCAAUUAAAAAAUGCAACAAGGCAGAGAGGCUGAGGUUACUGGACUCCCAGACAAAUGCCAAGAAACAGUACUACGAAGAAAUGGUCUCCACUUUAGGGGACAUACGAAAAUGUGCUGAAGAAAAAGUGGAAUACCAAAAGAAACAGUAUGAACUGGAUAAAAAUGCAACAGAGGUAAUGCUACAGCUGAAAAGGGAAAAACUGCGGGUUUACAAAGAAGAAGUCUUAAAAAGCCAGCAAGAUCGCGGAUCAAAACUGCAGUUAAAACUUGCAAUUCUAGAGCUUAAAAAAAUCUUUAAAUAAUUCUUAUCUUUUAUAUUUAGACCUAAGUUUAAGUGCC